GUUUAAUUCUAGAAGGAAGCUUUUCUGCCAAUUUUUUUCUUACCAGUAGGGAGGGGUGCGAAAAGUUUGCUCAUUAACUCGAGGCGGCCAUGUUGUAAUUUGGUCUUUGUUGUUCGCUUUCGAGUUUUGAUCGAUCAGUACAAGCUUCGCAAAAGGAGCAAAAACAAUCGGCCAUGGCAUUACUAAGAAGAAAUGCAGCACAACCAGACAUGGACUUCCCGUCGCAAAUGAUGAACAACACACAGCCAAUGAUAAACCCAAUCUACAACCUCACAGACAUGCAGCCGUCUGCGCUGUUGCCGCAAGAAACUAUGCCUAUGAUGCAAUAUUCAGCAGUCGCCAACACCCAAGAUGAGUUUGGUCGUGACAGUUAUGGCAGGAAUGUGGAAUAUGAUUCCUCGAUGGAUAGAACAAGCCGCAGAGACUCCAACUCCAGGGAUGAUGGGAUGAAACGCGGACAAGACUGGGAUGCGUCACAGAGGUCAGAUGGAGGCUCACGAUAUGACAAGCGCAGACGCAGAAGCAGCUCAUCUGAGCGUCAACCUAGUACCUUCUUUGGCCGACCGCUGGCUAGGAGAGAUAACAGAGAUGACAGAAGAGAGUCGUCACUCGACAGGAGCUCAAAAUGGGAUAGAAGCAGGGAUCGGAGUCCAGAUAGAGGGUAUGAUGAUUCUGGGAGUGGCCGCAGGGAGAGAGAUAAGUCAAUAGCGGCAAGAAGAGAUGAGGGAGGAGUGAAUCUAAACAACUGGGGAACCCAGAACGUGCAACAGAACUGGGUAGCACUUCAGCAACAACAGCUGCAACAACUGCAACAGAUGGGAAAUGCCGCCCUGAUGGGUCAAAACAUGUUAGGGCAGAACAUGAUGGGUCAAAACAUGUUAGGGCAGAACAUGAUGGCAGCAGGGAUGAAUCUUGGACUAAACCCGGCUAUGGCCUCAGCAAACAACAUCCUCUCUAACCUCAACCCCAGCUUACUCCCUCCCAUGGCUGCUUCAAACACAGGCUUGCUAGGCAAUGGACCAUCAAACAGUGCCCUGCAGCCCACAAUUGGACCUCAAGUUUAUCCUGAACAGACAAUGGCUGGGUCAGUAGGCAUGGAUACUCAAGGGUCCAGCCAGCAAGGCACUCUCCCUAUCACAGCAUACACCCGCCCUAACUGCUCCCUAGAGCCUCCACCCCCCGACAUGCCCAUGCAGAAGCAGAAAGAGAAGCCUGAAGGCUGCCGCACAGUCUUCAUCGGUGGUCUCCCUGAGUCCAUCAAUGAGCACAUCAUCAAUGAAAUCUUUUAUGUCUGCGGUGAGAUCACAAGUAUCAGGAUCUCUAAAGGGAAAGGAGAGAAUGCUAGGAAGUUCUGCCAUCUUAGGUUUGGUGCUAAGGAGUCUGUGGAUACUGCAGUACUAUUCUCAGGAUAUCGCCUGUACACCAGGGGUGAGAACAUGGCCAUUGAGUCAUCUCGCAUCUUUGUAGACUAUGCAGCCUCCAGAGACGACCAGCAGGACUACGAGAGGGAGCUUAGAGCCCAGGCCAGAGAGGAGCGUCACAGAUACAGAGAAGAAAUGGAGAAGAUCAGAUUAGUUGAGGAAGAAACAGAGAAAAAGGUGAAGUUCUUUACAGACCAUGCUGCAUCAGAGCUACUGCACAAUCUGCGCAAUGAGCAGGGCUCAUUCUACGAGUCAUUCAGCACCCUGACUCAAUGGCUAGAAAGAGGCGAGGUUACUCGCAAGACAGUUGCAACCUUCUAUGCAUUGUUGAAUUGUAUACACAAUCAUAUAAAGAGGCUGGUUAAGGAGAAGAAGGAGAAUGAAGAAAUAGUGGAGCGCCAGAAAUUGGAGCAGUACUGGAGGGCUAAGAAAGUCAGAGACCAAGGAGAGACAAUCUUGACUGUUUUCAAUGCAGCAUGUCAGAAAAAAUGCUGGGACCACUUCAGCAAGGCGCAGAGAAGAAACAUCUCUGAUUGGCAGAAACAAGUAAUGGAGGAAAUGAAACUGAUUGAGGAAUCCGAGCAACCAGUAAAACAGGACUCGGUAGGUAUGGACCUUGAUGAGGAUUCCCAGGGACAACCAGAGGAAAGUAUCAAAGACCAGGUAGAAAGCCAGACACUGGAGACCACAGUGACGGCGGCUGCUAAAGGUGACCAGACAGCCAACCAAACUGAAGCAGUGGGUGCAAAGGCUGCUUUUGAUCCAGAGGACGCCAAAGCAAGAGCUCAGGCUGCAGGGCUGAAAGCCCUCGCUGAGAAAAACACAAGCCUUAUGUGGGAAGUGGAGUCUUACAAAAACGAGAUGGAGCUUCUCAGGGACAAAUAUGCAGCAGUCUUCGAUGAGAAGGAUAGUCAGAUAGCACGGCUCACUGUUGCCCUGCAAGGCUUGCAGCAGUAUCUACAGAACGCUGUGCUCAAGCCUCCCCAGAUCAAAUCAAGCAAUAUUGAAGUUGUUGUAACAAAAGAAGAAGCAAAAGAGGAUAUAGAAACUGCAGAUAUGGAGAUUGAAGGCAAAGCAAAGGAACCAGCUGAUGAAAACAUAGACACUAUUGAUAUGGAGACUGAGAUGGAGCCAGCUGAGGUGGAGAAGGCCGAUGAGGUAGAGGUGGGGAAGGCCGAUGAGGUUGAGGUGGGGAAGGCCGAUGAGGUUGAGGUGGGGAAGGCAGAUGAGGAAGAGGAAGGAGCUGCUGAACCAGAGGGAGUGGCAGACGAACAACCUGCUGAGGAAGCUAAGGAGAAGAGCAAACCUGCAGGCAGAAGGGCGAGCAGACGAGGAAAGAAGCAGGCAACACAAGUAGAGGAGUCCCAAGAAGACAAGACAGACGCAGAGAAAGAGAAAAAGAAACCCAAAGCUAAACGAGGGGCUACAAAGAAAAAAGAGGAAAAAGAACAAAAAUCUGAGGAGGAGGAGGAUCAGGCGAAAAGUUCAAGCCAAGAGGAAAACGUGGGAGAGAGUCAGGAAGAGUCAGCAGCUAAGAACCAGGAUGAAGUUGUCCCUGAUGCUGAUGAGGGGGGGCCUGAUGACAAGGCACCUGUCACACCUAAGGCUAGCGACGACACUACCCAGAAACCUCCAGUGGACACGCCAAGUGGGACUGAGGCCAAACAACUUGAUCUCCCUCACCCUAUACAGCUGGUGCGAUUAUCGGAGAACGAAAUGGCAUUGGUGGGAGUCCUGUGUUCAUUCCUUUCCGCGUGCCCCUCUGGAGCCUCGGCACAGCAGAUAACUGCUCAUGUACAGCGCCAUGUGCCGGGGGCCAAUCAGGAGACUGUUGACAAGGCGCUGACAAGCUUACCCAUGCUGUUUGAGCAAGAGAGUGAACCUGUGGGUCAGGCAUGGAGGUUCUGUGGCUUUACUGUAGGCAAGCAGUAGGACUAUGUCAACUGUUAGCAGGGAUAUUGUAGGCAACCAUAGUGACCCCACUACCUUGGGCAACACCUUGCAAAAGCUUUGAAGUCACGCGUCAUAAAUGGCCUCUUUGACUUUAGGUUUGUCUAGAAACUUGGUGAUUUUUAAAGUGACUUUUUAAAUAAUCAGAUGCUUUUAAGCCCUGGUUAGUUAACACUAGUGAAGCUCUGGUCGGGGGGGGGGGGGGUUGACUAGAGGCCCCCCUCCCCCUUCAUUCAUUCAAUUCACUACUAUGGUGAUCUUGGAACCAGCUGAUAGAAAUAUACUGUGUCAAUAGAAACUUAUUUACCGUUUGGAUACUAGGCCUUUGUUCCGUGAAUUCUUGUUUUGACGAAUUAAAGAAAACGUUCGCCAUGUCA